GAGGGGCCGGACCAGAGCGGGCUGCAAAGGGAGCAACUGUGGCGACACCUGCAAACAAACUCUGAGCCCAGUCUCUGCUGGGGCGAGUGGACGGAUGAAACCCGGAGCUAAUGAGUGGCGAUGCCGAGUAACCGCGUGGGAGCCCUGUUUGAUUGACUGCGACGGACAGAGGAGGUUUGACUGGAAAGAUAAAUGCGGGAUCCGGUACAGCGGCUCGCGGACUUGCGCUGAAGCCUGAGAGAGACACGGCAGCAGGCGUCUGGUGGAUGGGGAGAAAAUGGAGGUGAACAGAAGAGAGGUGCCUCUAUAUGGACAGGUGGAGGCCCACGUCAGGCUACGAGCCGAGGCGCCUGAAGACGCCCAGCUGUACGCCGUUGUGCAAGGCACCAGGCUGACGCACGUGACCGCAGCGACAAGAGGAGACGACGGGCUGGAUCUCCGCUUCACAGUGCCUGGCCACGACCUUGUGGAAGCUGCCUCCGUCACCCCCUACUUUUUCCUUGAGGGCCAAGUCAAGCCGUGUGAGGGCGAAGCCUCUCUCCAGUACGUUAGAGACGUGGCCCAGGAGACGGCGGAGUACCUGAGCGCACACAGGGACCACCUCGGGCCCCGGAGCUACCUAGAGGUCACCAGGAGGUUUUGCUCCUGGGAGCGGAGCGCCGACGAGGACCCCCCUGCUGCACAGACGGAGCCCAGCGAGCAGGAUGCACAAGGUUCUGGUGAAGCCGGCCUCCGGCAGCUGGACGAGCAGAUCACGCGGGCUCUGGCCAACAUGGAUUACCCUCCGCAGUGGAGAGACACCGACCGUCAGCCAAGAGAAGUGCCUGAGCUCCAACCCGGAGAGACCCUGCUUCACCUGGCCGUGCGUCUGGGUCUGCUCCACCUGGCCCGCUUCUUGAUUGGCCGGCCCCGAGGUCAAAGGGCGUUGACCUCACCCAACCAGGAGGGAGACACCCCCCUGCAGCUGGCGCAGAGGGCCGGAGCGGCCGCCAUGUUGAGGCUGCUGGCAGCGCCCGCGGGUCCGGCCGCCGAUCCCGUCCCAGCCGCGUGCUGCGUGUGGGCCGACAGCUGCCGCAUGCUGAGGUUCUGCUCCAGCACCGACUGCCUGGUCCUCACCGUGCGCCAGGGCUCCGGCGGCAGCGCCCGGGACGCCGUCAUGCUCCUCCGAGACAGACUGGGCGACCGCCUCGUCCUCACACUGAUCAGUGAGCUCAGAGCUGAUUGUGCUGCCGACAAGGGAAGCGAAGACGAGGCCUUUUUCACAAAUGAAGGCCCUAGAAAGGAGCUGCACGUGGAGGAGCAAGUGCUGGUGGACAGUGUUUUCGAAGAACAACUUGUUCUCUCCCUGGACGACGAGGACGACGAGGACGAGGACGAAGAGCGCCUGUCUUCAUUAUCUGUGAGUGGCCGCGGCGGAGCCCACUUCUCCCAGUUCUCCCAGCGCGCCACAGAGCCUCCGCUCCCCGGCGUCGGCGGCGGGAGCUACGGCGUCGGCGGCGUGACGAGGGGCAGCACAGGGACCGACAGCGGCUUGUGGGACUCAGAUGAGCUGCCGGCGGGCGACACCCCCCCGCCCGGUCCGGAGGACUCGCCGACGCUGUCAGCGGCCGACCGGGCCCUCGCCAGGCUCAACCGCCUCAACUCCCUGGCGAGCGGGCGCGGCAGCAGCCCGUCCAUGGACUGCGACCUCAGUCCCAGUCUGGUGGCUCUGGAGGUGGACAGCGAGGAGGACAGCGCCGAGCCCAAGUCGCCUCCGUCCCCGCUGUCGUCGGACGCGGACGCCAGGGAGGCGCUCCGUCUCUCGCCCGACGUCACGUGCGCCCGCGGCCACAUGGCGUCGGCGGCGCACGAGCCCGGCACGAAGGACUUUGGGGACCAGGGCGUUCGACUGCGCUCCUACUCCUACUCGUCUCCCAAAAUCGCCUUGCGUCCGACCCGUUUCGCCUCAGAAGUCAGUCCUGAUGCAGCCCUCAACAGUGUCAGCCACGGCCGAUCUCUCCUUCAGGCCCUCUCUCUGUCUAAAUCUCUGUCUCUGCUGCACCCUGGUAAGCAACGGGCCUCCAGCAUAUCGGAGCAGUCGGAGAAAAGGGAGCUUAGGUUCCGUAGGCGCGCCCAGUCUGCUGAUGACGAAGGCAGCGUGGAGCUGGCAGACUCCCUGCAGCAUCUCACCCUGUCUGAGUUCCUCAAAGAAAUUGAAGAGGAGGAGUUGGACAAUUACAACAUCCCAGUUAAGGUGGAAUCGGAGAAGUACAAAGUCAUUCGCACCUUCAGUUUUCUCAAAUACAGGAUGUCCAGUGCACGUAACAAGACCAAGGGCAAAGGGAAGGACAGAGAAGCCAAGGACCGGCAGCUGAAUGGACAUCGCUUCUCGUCAGGGCCCUGUUUAGGCCCCACCGUGUGCGUGGUGUGUGACAAGCCAGCAUCAGGAAAGGAGCUGCUGCAUUGUUCUAGUUGUACUGCCAUCGUCCAUAAGGGCUGUAAGGACGCCGUCCCUCCGUGUCUGAAGAAGCUUCAUGACAAAUACAGCGUUACCAUGGUGAAGAACAAGACCGCAUCUCUACCGCAGAAUUUCACCGUGAGAGACGUCCCCGUCUCUACUUCCCCCCCAGUCAUGACCCCGAAGGAGAAGAAGGACCCCCUGAGCCAGUCGACCUCUCUUCCUGGAAGCUUCCACAGCAGUGACGGGCGCCUCAGUGAAAGUUCAGAGACGGAGUUUGACGUCGUGAAGGCGACCGGCCAAUCGGACGACCUCCUGCCGACUCCAACGUCCUCGACCUCCACGGAAUCCUCCUUUGGAGAAGACUGUGUGGACGCGUUCGUCCACAGCGACAUGUCGGCGGACGCCGUGGAUUACAAGGCCGAGUCGUGGAGUCUCAUCGUCGAGCACAAGUUCUGCAAGAAGCAGGACAAACAGGUUGUCAAGAGGCAGGACGUCAUCUACGAGCUGAUGCAGACGGAGCUGCACCACCUCCAGACGCUGCACAUCAUGGCGGAGGUGUUCCGCCGGGGCAUGAGGGAGGAGGUGCAGCUGGACGCGGAGGCCGUGGAGCGGGUCUUCCCCUGUCUGGACCCGCUGCUCGUGUGCCACCACGCCCUCUUCGCCGCCUUGAAGGAGCGGCGGCACACCUCGGCCCAGCCCCACGGGCACAGGAACUACCUCAUCCGGCGCAUCGGCGACGUCCUGCUGCAGCAGUUUUCGGAAGAGAACGGCGAGAAAAUGAAGCAGGUGUACGGAGAAUUCUGCAGUCAUCACAACGAGGCCGUCAGCUUCUUCAAAGAACUCCAGCAGCAUAAUAAGAGGUUUCAGAACUUCAUUAAGCAACAAGGCAACAAUUCAUUGGUGAGGCGGCGUGAGAUCCCAGAGUGCAUCUUGCUGGUGACCCAAAGGAUUACGAAGUACCCAGUUCUGCUUGAACGGAUACUACAGUACACGCAAGAAGGAACGGAGGAGCACGCCGACCUGUCGAAGGCGCUGGCUCAGGUCCGGGAAGUCAUAGCGGCCGUGGACUCGCGGGUCAGCGAGAACGAGCGGCACCAGAAGCUGCAGGACGUGUGCAGCCGCAUGGAGAACCGCAGCUCCAUCAAGCUGAAGAACGGCCACACCUUCCGCAAGCAGGACAUGAUGGGCCCGGGAAAGGUGCUCCGGUACCAGGGCCUGCUGCUGUGGAAGACCGCCACGGGUCGACUGAAGGAUGUCAUGGCUCUCCUGCUCACAGACGCGCUCAUCUUCCUACAAGAAAAGGACCAGAAGUACACGUUUGCGACUGUGGACCAGAAGCCUCCAGUCAUCGCGCUCCAGAAGUUAAUAGUUCGCGAAGUAGCAAAUGAGGAGAGAGGAAUGUUCCUGAUCAGCGCGUCGGCCGCGGGGCCCGAAAUGUACGAGGUGCACGCGUCCUCCAAAGAGGAGAGGAACACGUGGAUGAGGCUCAUCAGACAGGCCGUAGAGAGCUGUCCGGAAGAGGAGGAGGAAUACACAAGCGAGUCUGAGGAGGAGAAGCGAGCUGCCGAGGCGCGAGUUCAGAAGAUUUACAAGUUGCAAGAGAGUCUGACGAGCCACGACCAGCGGAUCUGCUCCAGCCUGGAGGAGAAGCUGCACGCGUACGCCGCGCUCUCCGCUCUGGGCGGCCGGACGGAGGCGGCGCCGGCGGAGCCGCGUCUGCUGGUCCAGCCCGACCCGGAGGAGCCGCCCCAGGCCGCGGUGCUGCUGGUUGCGGCGCUGCAGGAGGCUGAGAACCUGAAGGCCACACUCUCCUCCAAGGCCGGUUUAGCGGCCAGUUCCAGCCCGGACCCCGACACAGACUCGCUGUUUCCUGCCAGCCCUGCGCCUCUGCUGGAGACCCCCUCAGAUCCCUCUGAGGCCUCACCCGAAGCCCCCGAGCCCAGUGAGAGCAGUUCCACCGAGGACCUGGUCCUUCAACCUCCAUCUGACUCAAAUGACAUUGACCUUAAGGUUGCACAAAGUGUCCAAAACCUGACUCAGUUGCUCUACAGUCUGCAGGCUUCUGUGACCAUCCAGGACACCUGCUAUGAGGUCCAGAGGCUCCUGCUGCAAGAGGCUGGACGCCCCUCUCCUGGCCCUCAGCGGCGGCACCUCUCGAGCUUCCGCGGCAGCACCCUGCAGGAGCAGGAGAAGCAGCGCAACCUGGCCCAGCAGCUCCAGGACCGACUGCAGCAGGAGAGGGAGCGCUGGGAGAGGGAGUGCCAGGCCAAGGAGCGGCAGCAGGAGGAGCAGGAGGGCGAGCUGGAGGAGCGCGAGCGCCGGUGCCGCCGCGAGGCCGAGAGGCUGAGGCAGAAGCGGGCGGAGCUGGACGAGCAGCUGGAGGAGUACCAGCAGAGCCUGGAGCGGCUCCGGGAGGGUCAGAGGAGCGUGGAGGUGGAGCGCCAGCACCUGGAGAGCCAGCGGAUGCUGCUGCAGACCUGGAUGCACGGGCGGCAGCGGAGCCUGCCGGCGGGCCGGCCUCGCAUGGUCAUCCCUCUGGACGGCCAGCAGGGGCCUGGGUUGAGUCAGUCCAGGGGCCACGUUGGGAACGGCUCCGUGUUUGUGAACGAGGCCGCGUUCAUCAGCACCGGCAUCAACAACCGCCAUAAAAGAAACGAUCCCAGUGCCCACAACUGUCUCAACAGCCUGCUGGCCAGAUCCAGCGGCAGGCAGACCCCCAACGGCCCCCACCCCCAGGGGUGGGGGACGGGGACGGGAUGCCUGUACAGCCCAGCGGAGAGGACGGGGACGCACACGCCCACGGAUCACAGCAGCCACAGCUAUGUUGGGGGGACCUGCUCGUCGACAGCGAGCGGCGCUGACCCAUAUCCGGUGCUCCCGCAUCCCGGCCGCUCGCAGCUGGACCUCGGUGCACUGGUUUCCUUGGAGACUGAAAGUGGCGGGGAGGAGGGCAGGGAGGAAACCAUUGUGUACCUCUGAAGGUUGAUACAUGUGAGACGCUAAAAGGACGACGUGCCGCCGGAGCGAGACGGAGACGUCGAUGAGGUGUCAUGAAGCGGGUCUGGAUCAAGGCAUCUUCAGACAGCAUCUCACUGUAAAAACAUUUUUUCAUGGUGUGGAAGAAACAGAGAUGAAGAAAGCGAGGUUGUUUCAGAUUCAAUCCCAAAUGUGUCAUGAGCCUUGGCUUGAGCCACCACUGGGUGUUAAGUCCUUUUAUUGUCUAUUUGUGUGUGUGUGCGGCCCUUUAUUGACUGCCUGAGCCCCUGCAGCCUCUUCCCCUAUAUGCGCUCUACCGUCCAUCCCUCACUGCCGUCCUUUCUCAGGUCCCGCAUAUCUUGUCCCUCGAGCACUAUAUUUAAUAAAUUUUCCAGAGAGGGAGAAAAGGCGUAUUCCCAAUAUGAGCAAAACAUCGGACUGCUUUUCAGUGGCGGGUACGUCUCCUGCCAUAAAAUAAAUGGACUCGCUUUCAUUUGGCAGAUAUGCUUUGUUUAUUUACAAGCCGAGCAGAGCGUGAAGCACAAAACAUUAGAAUUACAUAAUGACAUGUUGUAUUUCUUUUCCACUUUUUGCUUGUAGCCGUCAUUUUAUUUUUUUCACUUGGCUCCAGCAUUUAGGACAUGUUGAAUGAGUGCAGAUGUGCUACUGUGUCAGGUGUAUGAGCAUCACAUCUGUUCCUGCAAAAUGUAAAAAGGCGAUUCAACAUGUGGAAAUAUGGUGAUUUAUAAAGUUUAAGCAAUAAUGUGACAUUUUUGUUAACGCUCUUUCUUAUUGUUUUCGCGCACAUGCUCUUUCAUUUACAGCCAUACCAGCAGCGUAUGCUCCAGGGAGCGCUAUGUCUCAGUUAGUCGGUUCAAGCAGCUGGAUGGAUUUGCAAUUUAAAAGACAAUCAUAGUCCCCAGAGGAUAAUUUCUAGCCAGGUCGGGGGAUUUUCCUCUAGUGCCAUGAUGAGUUUUGCAUUUGUCAUGUUAAGUAAACUGUUGUGAUGGCUCAAUAUUGGCUCAGAAUAAUGACGUUGCCUCAUCGGCCAUUAAAACAUUACACACCUAGUGUAUUUACCUUUACUUUCUCAUGGGCAUUUGUAUGUGCUAUUGCUGAAGGUGUGUCUGUGUUUUUUUACAGACACUAUAGAAGAACUGAUUUAAUAACAAAAACAGUGGCAGUAUUUGAUGUCAUGUUUAUAUUUCUGUAUAUGUUUAUUUAUUACAGUUUUCUUUCACAGUGCUUGGUGAAGGUUCUGCUGUACAUAGACCUGAUGAACAGGUGUGUUUCCCUGUGUGUUAUGUAUUCAGCCACAGCUGUACUGAUAAAAUAACUAUGACUUAA